AUGCCGGCGCCUAAGAAGCGCAAGAAACGGAGUGGGAUUAUAUUGGCAGAUUCAGAUGACGAAUCUAAACAUGGAACUAGUGAAUUAAAACACAAAUCUCACAAGCCCACUAUCUAUACCAGUUACAAUAUCAAUAACAGCUCUAUUGAAGAUGAUGAAUUUGAUGAAGAUGGAGAAGGGCCGGUCAUAGUAGAUGAGCAUAUAGGAAUUUCAAGUAAUGCAGCCAUUGUUACCACUUUCAAUCGCAAUACCAAAGAUCACGUUGGUGGGUUAUCUAACAAAAUGAUUAUUGACGACAUCUCUACUAAGGGGCUGGCACUUAAUACUAGGGAUGUUGAGGAAACUGUUAGAGCCAACGAAGAUGACGACCUUUCACCCCCAAGAAGAGAUGAUCCAGAAUUAUCACCUCCUGUAAUGGAAGAUGAGAUCAAUAUCUCUACUAGUAGGGGGCUGGCACUUAAUACUAGGGAUGUUGAGGAAACUGUUAGAGCCAACGAAGAUGACGACCUUUCACCCCCAAGAAGAGAUGAUCCAGAAUUAUCACCUCCUGUAAUGGAAGAUGAGAUCAAUACCUCGGUAGUGUACCGCGACAAAAGAGGCAAAAAAAUUGAUGCAAAGGAAUGGGCAAAAUUGCAACCUAAAAAGUGGGAAAAGACGGAACGGCCCACUAGACAGAUACCCGAAUGGGGAAAGGGUUUGGUCCAAAUGGAAUCAGCGAAGGAAAGAGCAGCAAAGGAGGCGAUAAUAGCCUCCCAACCAUUUGCUAGGAAUGAUAUUGAUGAGGAUUUUGACAAAGAAUUGAAAGAUACUAUUAGAUGGGAUGAUCCAAUUCUAAUGUUUGACACUGAAAAACGUAAAAAAACUAUUGAGCAAAAGAGUGAUGGCAAGCCAAAGUGUAGAUUCCAUGCGCCGCCUAACCGAUUUAAUAUCCCUCCCGGAUACAGAUGGGAUGGGGUAAUUAGGGGUAAUGGAUAUGAGGAAAGGAGGUUUAGGGAAAUUGCCUUGAUGAAAGCUAGGAACGAAGAAGCUUACAUUGAAAAUGUGGCAGAUAAUUAG